CACUGACUGGCUGUGUGAGACAGACGCUAACUACUCACUUACAUUCAGUUAUUAUGUCUUCUGGUGAAGAGAAGCCCAAACCUGCCGCUCAACCUGACGGCAAGUCAGGCACCAAGUCAGAUGUUGGCAUGGGCACCUACAAGAUGUACGUGUUUGACCGUGAAAACUUCCAGGGUCGUAUGAUUGAAAUCAGUAAUGAGUGUAUGAACGUGUGCGCGAUGGGCAUGGACAAAGUGCGUUCCCUUCGCGUUGAAUGUGGACCUUUUGUUGGUUUUGAGCAGAUGAACUUCUGUGGUGAGAUGUACAUCUUGGAGAAAGGCGAGUAUCCUCGCUGGGACUGCUGGAGCAACUGCCAGAGGAAUGACUAUCUGCUCUCCUUCAGACCUGUCCGCAUGGACCCAGAGAAGCACAAGAUUUGUCUAUAUGAGAUUGGCGACUAUAAAGGGCGAAAGAUGGAGAUAAUCAAUGACGACGUGCCCAGCCUGUACUCCUACGGUUUCACUGACCGAGUUGGCAGCAUCAUGGUCAGCUGUGGCACCUGGGUGGGCUACCAGUACCCAGGCUACCGUGGCAGCCAAUACCUGUUGGAGAAGGGUGACUACAGACACUUUAAUGAGUAUGGUGCUCGCUGCCCCCAGAUGCAGUCUAUGAGGCGUGUGCGUGACAUGCAGUGGCACCCGGACGGCAGCUACACUAUGGCCAGCAAGUGA